AAAAUGAUUUCUAAAAAUCAAAUCGACCAAGUGUAUGACUUUCUAAAGAGUAUCAAUGAUGGCACUCUAGAGAGCUAUCGUAAGUCCCUCCCAGAGCCGUGGAUUCUAAACUAAGUCAUUGAUGUCGCAUCUUUGACUCCAUCACAACGGAUAGUGUGUCUAUACUUUGCAGGAGAUGAAACGCAGUGUGGCAACGCUUUGGAGAAGAGACUUGUGUUGAAUAAGGAAUAGGUUUCGCUAUAUAACUUAAUUUAGAGUGCGGGUAAUGUAAUCUGAGAUAACUUGUUGAUGAAUGGAGUACUUCAACCUAAUUAAUUAAUCAUCAACCCCAAACCAUGAGAGCUGUGAUUCAAUGUCCAUCAUUACGAAAUGCUCUUGAACACAUCUUCACCUCCUUUUCAGUUGAUUAUCUACGACCGGUACCAACUACAACUCCAUCCACAUUUAAUUGGAUCACCCUUCAAUUGGCUGAUCCUCUCUGGGAUUAUACCAUUGAAGUCAGCCAAGAGCCACUAGUAAGAAUCAAGGAGAAUCUCCUGAAAGCUCAACAAUCCAAAUUGUCUCAGAGGGAAGCAUAGGAAACCAUUGAUCUUCUCAAUCAAGAUCAGAGACUUGUCUUGGAAAGCGGAAUCACUCCCAAUCAACUCCCCAACCUUAUUGAAUUCAAUCCCGAUCUGUCAAGCUUCCUGUUGGCUCGCAUCAAUCAAUGCGGAAUCAGCAUCCAUGAAUACUUCGAAUGCUUGAUCCAAAUGAAGAUUUCACUACAGAGUUUGGAAGUUGUCAACAAACUCUCCAAUUCCAUCAAAUUGCCUGAAGCCUUCCUCCACAUGUAUCUGUCCCAGUGCAUCCAGUAUUGUGAAUAAUUGCAAGUACACAUUAUUCCUAAACAACAGCCCAAACAAUAGAUGGUGUCCAGAUAUGUGAGAUUGGUAGCUGUUUUCAUCAAAACCCUCAUCAAAUCAAAAACCCUAGAUCCCAAAAAAAUGUUCACUGAAAUACAAGGAUUCUGCAUCGAGUUCUCAAAGAUCCCUGAGGCUUCACUGCUAUUCAAACAACUCAAAGAGACAGGUGUAGAAGAAAAAUAACAUCAGUGAUAUUGAUUGAAUUAUG